AUGGGGGUCAUGGAGAAGAGCCGGGGAAGCCGUCCUGGCCUGCUGGCUCCCCCUAGCUGUGCUGGGGAGACAGCGCAGGUGCGGCGGACGCCGACAGGGCCCUUCACACCCCAUGUACUUGUGUAUGUAUGUGUGUGGCUAGUAGCUGCUGCCUGUGUCUGUGGCUUCACUGUGGCACAGAUUAUCACAUCCUUGGUGUUUCACCUGCCCUUCCAGACGUCCAACCAAGUCCGUCACUUUUUCUGUGACAUCUCCCCUGUUCUCAAGUGAUGAUGCCACCAUGCCCACUUCACUCAGAUCACCAUUUUCCUGCUCUGUGUGUUGGUCCUGGUUAUCCCUCUGUUGUUGAUCUUGGCAUCAUACGUUCACAUAAUUUCUGCCAUCCUCCAAUUCUCUUCCACAUUAGGCAGGUACAAAGCAUUUUCUACCUGUGCUUCUCACCUCAUUGUGGUCAUAGUCCACUAUGGAUGUGCCUCUUUUAUCUAUCUAAGGCCUAAGUCCAGCUACUCUUCAAGCCAGGAUGUUCUGAUAUCCGUGUCCUACACUAUCCUAACUCCAUUGUUCAACCCGGUUAUCUACAGCUUAAGAAACAAAGAGUUCAAAUCAGCUCUUCAUAGAGUUAUAGGAAGAACAGUUACCCUAAGACAAUGCUAAUCUGUAUCCUGCCUGUUUUCAAAUAACUAAGAAUAAUGGACACAGAGGGAAAUUCUCUAGAUGGAAAUAAAUAAGCAAUUGCACAUCGUGU